UUCCCAGGACAGAGUCGCGUAAUCGAUUGUGAACAGUUGUCGAACGUCAUUAUUUAGAAGGGUAAUCAAAUGUCGAGAGGUAAUUUUCCGGUGAAUCUCGGAUAUCCUGUGGAACAUUUUCACCCCUUGUUCGAGUAUGUGCAAGUUCGAGUAUGUUGUGUAAUUGCGUCUCGCCACAUCCUUCGAUCUGAGAUCAUACGGAUAUUUGAGCGAGUGUGGCGUUCUACCUGUUGCUAUAGCUACCGAGUUCUGUGUACAUCCCUGUUCGGCUUCGUAUUGAUCCGCUGCUCGUACCUGUAAAAGAGGAGGGGCUACUCUCGGAUGGAAUACACACACGGAUUUCAGGUUAUAACAGUCAGACGUGGACACACUCACCCGCAGGGAUCUUAACACGAGCCGACCACAAUAUUCGGCGGCGGUGAUUGAGAUUUACUUGAGAGGUGCCACUAAUCAAAGAUCUUCAAUAACAUUAUGGAAACGUUAACAUUGCCAGAUGGAGGAUAGCACUUAGAUAAUAACCCGGUGUGUGAGUUAACUGUUCUUGUAGGAGAGCAACGAGGGGUACGCAUGCAGGAAUUCUGACCAUUUCUGGCACCGAGCACGCGCCCCACACGCGCUGCCUCCUGUCCCCCAACUCAGGAAAGAUGAGGCUGACCAACCCUCCCCCUGGAACCAGGAGCUUGGGAUGGCUAACGGCCCCGGUCACUGUAUCUUUACCCCAGGAGGGAAGUCACAGGUGACCCCCCAGAUUGGAGAAGUAGGUGCCUCACAUGAAGAGUGCGCGAAGCUGGUUGCUGGGUUCAACAGAGAGGUGGCCCUAUACAGCACACUGGCCGUCGGUCUCGGAGGAACCAACGAUUCAGAGAAAUUGCGAGAUGAACUGAAAAGCAGUCGUCUAAGAGCAUGUGACCUGGCGCACCAAAUUAGGUCAAAACUAAUACCGCUGUUGCAAAGCAAGAUGCAUCGUCAAGAGGUGCAGGGAGACCUGGAGCGUCUGUAUCGGCUCUACUCGGGCUGUCUGGAGCUGUUGGAGACUCAGCUGCUCAAGAUGGCGUCACUCCAGCGAACGUUCCCGCUAUACUCAGGUAUAACAGUUUUAAUCAAAACGGGUGUAUGUGAACCUGUCAUACCAUAUAAGGCGUGUCUGGCGGUGGAACAGUUGGACACGCCCACAGCAGACAAGCGGGUCAUGGAAAAAGAGGAACUACUCCGCCUUGAGAGGGCGGCACGUGAUAUCCGCGAGAUAUUAUAUACUGCCAGCCAGACUAUGGACGUUCAGCCCUGGGACAUCGAGCCGGAAACUACCACGGACAACUUGGAUUGUGGCAAAUCUAUCAGUACCAACAGCGAUGCCGAGUCUGUGGUGGAGAUAUCACCAAUUUCUUCCAGCGAAAGUUCCUUCAGAAGAAAAUGCCUAUGUGUCGCCUUGGUUACCAUGUCAGCCGCUAUCCUCUGUUCCAGUGUGGUCGGACUGCUAGUGGGCUUUCUCCAUGGCGGCCAGUGAUUAUGGCAAAUCUCAGUUAUCUGUCACCCUGUUGUGUCAUUACUGUGUUGGUCUUUGCUGUUAUGAACCGAACCAUUGACGGAGUAGCCGCAAACUGACAACUUCCGGAAAAUCCGGGGCUUUGGCGCAAAGGGGAAUGUCUGACUAGGGUGGGUGCCUGUCUAGAUAAACGUGCUGAAAAUCAACGGUAGGACCUGUAAAUAUUGUUGAUCUUGAGGCAUGCGCAAUAUUCGUCGGAUUCGGAAGGCUCAGUGGAAAUCAAAUGUAUGGAUCCCGGUACUGUAAUCGAGAUUCCAGUCAGCUAUAUAUAUUUUUUCAUUUCAAUGCUUUUCAAGAAGCUAUAGGCCGAAUAGGCGGAGCGGCCGCGUAUUACAACUGAAGUGCCAGUCAGGGUUGCCAUGUUCCCCGAGUGAUCACGUGAUUUCCUCAUUCCGCAACACUGACAAACAGGACAUAGAACAUCUGAUUGUGUUUCACUCAUUCAUGUUCGGUGAUAUUGUUUUACGGCGUAUUACAGUGAGUAAAUGAAUAUUGUUCUAAGUUGCACACAUGCAGACUAAACAUGUAUACGUGGAUGCCGAGACCUAAUCGCACGCCAAAUGUAGGAGUCUAACGAAGGUAAACGUUUGUGAGUGAGUUUGUGAUCACAGGUUUGCAAAGAGUGAUAUACCUACGUAUAGUUCUGGCAGUACGCGACCCGGAACUAUUUGUUCUCUGUAUUUGCCAUUUUUCGGAAGGAAAUGGACGCACUGAGCACCUCCGACUUACCAAACUGCAAUACAUAAACUAACAAUGGCCUGCGAUCGCCUUGAGGCGGUAUGUUCUCCUGACAACGGGAUGGUAUCUCAGUAGUUUAGCACUGUGAAACAGUCGGACUACUACAAACAGCCAAACACGACUGUUAUUUCACGUCGGUGUAUUUAUGUGGAGUAAUUUCGGAUGCAACGUAAGCUCCAUUUCUCACCUCAUCUGUAACAGUAUGUCCUGGUCUCGUUGUCUCGUACUUUUCCUCGUUCAACUGAAUGUACUACAGUCACUGAACAUAUACAACCAGUUUGUUACAAACAAGAAUACUUUAAAACAGCCCAGUCAACUCCAGUGUCACAUCGGACACAAACAUGUGUGAUAUAUUUUUAUAACCCUUCUUUAUUUUGCCCGUAUAUCAUUUUGGACAACUCCUUUCUCCAAAGCAGUAACAUAUGGGUCGUUGUCCAUCCUUGUAUUUUCUUUGAUCCCACAUGGCCUAUGACAGUAUUGACAGUGAUCACAUAUGUUUCGCUGAAGAGUUUGAUUCCAUACAGUUUUCACAUUUAACCUGUCGACCCUUUUGAUUAUUUUUGAAGUUUUUUCGUUAUUUGUUGGUUAUUUAGCGCCGCACACAGCAAUGUUCGUAUGACAACGCGUGCGUCAUUGUACAGGGAGAUAUCUGUGAUGUGGCCUUUUCUGUUGCACAUGUUAUGUCGGUUGCAUUUCGUUGUAAUUUAACAUUUAUGGUUUUAUACAUAGAGUUGCAAAUGUACUAAUUCAACCCUCUGGACAAUAUUGUAUAUU